GUGAGAGAAAGCUAAGCAAGUCAGGAGGUGGGGGACACUGCUGCACAGACACCCACCACCCUUAAUGUGAAAGGAGCUGCGUUGUGUCAGUGUGUUUGUGCCUGUGCUAGGAAGAGCUUUUGCAGAGUGGCAAGAAAAGUGGAUCAUUUUACGUCUGUUGAUACAAAAUUAGUUUUUCUUUUGGAAGACUCACCUGUGGACAGGUGAAUUGGAAUCAUGGGUUUGGUGUCACUGCUGAUGUUAAUGGUGAUUGGUUGUUGUGGUGGAGCACCACCAACGAGAGAGGUUUACAGAAUGUCACAGAGUGCACUUGAAGCGUUGACUGAUAGAGGAACAGUAGUGAUGGAGGCAGCUCUGUCCCGCGCCUUGUCUGCGAUAGAUGCUGCCAUAUCGGACCGCAGCAAGGCUGAGGCAGGCUGCAGAGGAUGUGUGCCCUGUCUGUUUCAGGACUGUGGACAGCGAAAAGGUGCCUGUGCGUCUUCAGAGACCACCCAAUUGGAGCCGAGCUGUGAGGUGAUCUCUCAUGCUCAGCAGGAAGCUGAUGAAGGUGAGAGGAGCUGGUUGCUAAGUCAGGCCUGUGGCUUCUACAAACGCCGUUGCUCACCUGCUCAGCUGAACAAAGACUCAUGCAUCAGAGUCAUGGGAGAGAGCUGCAGCGCUCGUGUCUUGCAGUGCAGUCUGCUCAACACCAUGCAAAACCUGGAGCCAGCCACACAGACCACAACUCAAGCUGUGUGUGGGCAGCGCUUGUCCGUCAUGCAAAACUUGACACAGCCUCGCUCUCGUAUCAUGGGAGGGUCUCCGGCCCCUCCGGGCAGCUGGCCAUGGCUGGUGAACCUGCGGCUUGAUGGGGCUCUCAUGUGUGGGGGUGUGCUAGUGGACAGCUCUUGGGUUGUCACUGCUGCCCAUUGCUUUGCUGGGAGUCGCAUUGAGAGUUAUUGGACGGCUGUGGUGGGGGAGUUUGAUCUCGCUAAAACUGACCCUGAUGAACAGGUCAUGAAGGUCAAUCGUAUCAUCACUCAUCCGAAGUUUAACCCAAAAACAUUUAAUAACGACAUUGCUCUGGUGGAGCUGAGUUCUCCUGUAAUUCUGUCUGAAUGGGUCACACCUGUCUGUUUGCCCUCCGACCUCGAUCCCCCGGGUGGUACAACCUGUUUGGUGGCUGGCUGGGGCUCACUGUAUGAGGAUGGUCCCUCUGCAGAUGUGGUGAUGGAGGCUAAGGUGCCCCUGCUGUCUCAGACCACCUGUCGCAGUGCGCUUGGGAAGGAACUCCUCACUAACACCAUGUUCUGCGCUGGGUACCUAUCUGGAGGCAUCGACUCAUGCCAGGGUGAUUCUGGUGGGCCGUUGAUCUUCCAGGACCGUUUAUCAGGGCGGUUUCAGCUAUUUGGCAUCACCUCUUGGGGUGAUGGUUGUGGGGAGAAGGGAAAGCCUGGCGUGUAUACACGGGUCACUGCUUUCUCUGACUGGGUCUUGACAGAGAUACAGAAGUCCUUUGGGAGUCGGGAGCCCACGUGUUCUGAGCUGCUUAAGACAACUGAACUGUCUGAGGAACAACAGAUGUCAGAGUUCUGCCACUUCUACACACAGUCCUGCUCUUCAGCCACUGACCCCUCUGCCUGCCAACGAUUGGCUCAGGAAAAAUGCCAAAGCCGAUUUAAUAAGUGCCAGUUACGUUCCUUUCUGCAGACACUUUUGGACUUGCUUCAGAGGGCUGAUGACUACAUCAGAGAUAAAGUCGAUCUGACCUUUUUAACUCAGACUCUUCCUCAGCUGGUGGAGAAUGUCUAUAGUUCUACACAUAUAAAACGACAAUGUAGAAAUGCACCCACAACAGAGCAGGUAGGCCUGCCAGCAAUAUUCCAGCAAGUGGGCCCCCUGGUGGAUGACUGGGAGAGCUACCUCAGAGGCAUUGCUGAAGAUCUGGAUCAACUGAGAGAACUAAAGAACUCAGAGCAGCUGUCUCAGGAGGAACAACUCUUCACACCGGAUGAUGAAAAGGACGAAUCACCUACUCAUCAGCUAGAUGGUGCACUCCGCUCCUCCAUUGCUCUCCUGCAUUCCAAACUGGAAUCACUGCACAUACCUGUCAUACCAGAGUUGGACCACCAACUGUUUCAGAGGGAUUUCACCAUUCCCACCACUGGAAAACCACAGGACAACAGUGCACAUUCUGAGGAGCCUGUACUGUCAGCUGACAUUUGGACUGCUCUGAUACUUAAAGCUCUCAAAGGAAGCACUACAGGAAGUGUCACAAGAGGCCCAGUGAUGACAGCAUCUCUUGAGGAUGCAUACAUGCAUAUAGCAUCCAGAUCUAUGGAACCCUCCGCACAGCCUCUCAAGCUCAGGACCAUGGAUCCUGCAGAGUCACUUCUUGAAAAAAGCUCUGUUUCUUCUCCGAUGCCCCUGCUUCCACAGUCACUCUUCAAAAAGCUCCUUCAGAGGAAAAGGAGAGCCCUGUACAAGAGAAGGAUAAGAAGAGCAAAUGACAAAGUUUGCUCAGGAGUAACUGAAUCUGCUCAUCUGGUCAGCACCACCAAAGAGAUGUACAACUGGAUCCUGGCUGUUCCUCCUAACAACCUUAACAUGAUCUUCCAGGAGGUGUUGGUUGAUCUCAACUCUAAGAAUGAACGUGGUUUGUACCAGUCACGGAUCAAGGCCACUGUUGGCGGGCGACCUUUGACCUUUUACAGCUUGGUGGGUUUGGAAAAUGAAGCAUUUUACCGCAGCAUGCCACGCAUCAUUGCGGUUGCCAUUGAUUCUCUCAAAACGUAAAACACACUCACAGACACUCAUACACAAUGCAGAAACUUGUGUUUACUGUAUGUGUGUGGGUUUAAAACUGCUGAGCACGGGAAGAAACACACACACGCUUCACCUUUUCUUAAAGGGACAGGACUCUUGACAUUCCUUUUGUGGGAUCCUACAAGUAGCAUCGCAUAUUUGGACAUUCGCAAAGGCUUUCCAACAUGGAUCAUUGUCAUUUUGAAUCUUCAACUGAAAUAGCACCACCAACACUGAGCAUUGUUACAUCAAAAAUUCUAUUGUGAUAUCACAUGCUGCUGUGGAAAUGAUUGGACAAUCGCUUUUCUAGAGCUCUGCCUCUCAGAAUGAGGUGCUUCUUUCUGAGGGGGAUGAGGGGUUCCAGUUGACUGGCCUGACAGUCCACCCUGACUUAACUUAUUCUGCAGGGACAGAGGUUGAUCCUCCAGUACAAUCUGCCAACUGUACAGAUAUUAUUUUUGACGUUUGUUACAUAUUUAUUUGUAUUAAGGCUUUGUAUUAGAAAUAUUUUUAUAUAAAAAUCAUGUUUCAUAUCAUUAUGACAAAAAUAAAAAUGAAAUUGAGUCUUUAACUAUAUUUAAAUAAAUGUUGUUGUCAUAUUU